CAAGAACAUAACAUGGCGGUCUCAUUGAAAAAGCGUUUCCAGCUCUUCAUAAAAACGCAUUAUUCGUGUGUUUCCGAUAUAGUCAGAGUAUCAAAAUGAAGUGUAUCAUACCUGGAAAUAACGUAAGAGUUUUUGGAAAGGCAAUACACUGUUUGUCAAAGAUUGGAGAAGAUUUAUACAUUGAACCUUUGGAGAAUGGGCUUGCACUGAGAACAGUAAAUACAUCCAGAUCAGCAUAUGCAUGUUUUAUGUUUGCACCAACAUUCUUCUAUCACUAUGACGAUGGUAAAUGUCAGAAUGAUACUCAACAACAGGAGAAGGAGAAUGAAGAUGAUGGAAAAUUCAAAUGCAAAAUAACAAUGAAGUCUUGCUUAUCUGUUUUUAAGUCACUUCCUACUAUUGAGAAAACUGUCGAAAAAUGUAAGAUAAAAUUAAACUUUACAGAUGCCAGGCUUGUAUUUACACUACUCUGUAAACAUGGAAUAACGAAGACGUAUAAUCUGACGUUUCAGGAAACUGAAUCAUUGCAAGCUGUCUUUGCUAAAGAUCUCUGUCCAAACAAAAUAGUUGCCCAGUCCAAAUUGUUGUGUGACGCAGUCGGUAAUUUCCAAACAUCACAAGAAGAAGUCACAUUGAUUGUUUCACCAGAAAAAGUCUGUUUAAAAAAUUAUGUGGAUGAUGAGCCAGAUCCCAAUAAAGUGAUGCAUACUGAGAUGUCUCUCUUACCAGAAGAAUUUGAUGAUUACACAAUUGGACUUGAUACAGAAGUUACAUUUUGUUUGAAAGAAUUAAGGGCAAUUUUAACAUUUGCUGAUGCCUGUUAUCAACAUGUUUCAAUUUUCUUUGAAACAAUUGGAAAACCUAUAGUAUUUGCAUUAGAUGGAGAGAGUGUAUUUGAAGCUAGUUUUGUUUUAGCCACUUUAGCUGAACCAGGGUCGACACAGAACACAACGCAGGUACAACCAGCCCCAACAGCUAGAAGAACUGUGAGUAAAACUGAAAGCCAAAAGAAAACUACAGUAGCAAGUAAAAAAACACCAGCACAUGAAAGUAGAAGUUGUGAUGGCUGGAAUGAUAGACACAAUGGCUUUAACAACACAUCCAAUCAACCAGACAGACCAUCAGCUUUCUCUGAGAGAAACUCUCCAAGACAAAAUUUAAAAAUGGCAGGUGAUGCUGGACCAUCCAGGAUGCCCGAUAUUGUUGCUAGGAUACCAGAUGGUAGAGAAGAUGAUGAUUGUAGUAAUGCAUCUAGUGAAUCAUUUACAUUCCAAGGAAAGAUUGGAAUACAAACGUCUGGGAACAAACCUGAGUGUUUUAAUGUACAGAUUGGAGAAGGUGACACAAGUACUGUUGAUAUACACAUACCAAGUGGUGAUGAAGACGAGUUUGAUUUCAUACCUAGUACACCACCAACAAAAAAGUUCAAGUCAAUGUUUUUUGGAAGUUCUCAAUCUCAAACUAAUUCAUCCCAAAAUGAAACAAUGGUUAAACCAACAACUGUGCUUGCAGAGGACACAGAUGAAGAUGACUCUGACUGAAAAUGUAAUAAAACAUUGCAUCACUUUUUGGCAUCUCAAUACAUAUACACUUUGUGUAAUAUCGAUAACACCAUCUAAC